AUCUGAACGUCACUUACAUGCCAAAUGCAAGAGGUAACUCGGCACGUGCGCCCCACGUGCGAUCGGGCAUAUGAUGUCAGCGGGUGAACCCUGACAUGUUGAGCAAUUUGUUGUGCAUUUGGCUUGUGAUCUCGGGCAGGCAUCUCUAAUUCACGCUGUACAGUAGCUCUCGCAUAAAACGAUGGUAGCAUCAGGAGAUGCACCGGCCACCCCGCCCAGGUCAGGGACAGCGCGAGCGACGGUGCCCAUCACUCCUGAGCAGGUCCGGCGCAUGGAGGAGAGUCGUCUGAGGGCGAAGGCAUUGCAACUUCAACGGACCAGCAACGCAAGAAAAGACAGUUCCUCGGACCGAAGCCAGCCUGCAUCUUCCUACUUGAGCGCUGGUCAGAAGCGACCCCAUAACGCCAUCACUCGAGAUUUGCCUGCAACGAGCCGAGAUGCACGAAACAUGGCAGCGGCUUCGACGACAAACGGUGGCAAUGGGUUGUCAGCAGCUCCGGACUCGGGCAUCCGCGCUGCUCGGAAAUUCCAAAAGUAUGUUGAAUAUGAUUUCAGCAAGAUGACGGACACCAAAGGCGGUUUCAUGACGCAAGAGGACGACCCGCACAACAAAAAGCUGCACGCGCCGGAAGAAGAAGGUGGCAAGCCGGCGCACAUGUCGCUGCGAGAGUGGGAACAGGUGCAACUGCGUAGAAAGUUACGCGACCAAAGAGCUGGCCCGUAUGAGCCCGCUUUGUCAGUAUUAGAAAGGGCAGCCAAAAAAUGUCGAGAGUGUGGGACUUUGGAGAUCGACUGGUUAUGGGACGAUGCCCUCCGGUGUCAGGUAUGCAACAGUUGCAAGGACAAAUUUCCGGACAAAUAUUCGCUGUUGACCAAGACCGAGGCUCGGGAGGACUACCUACUCACGGAUCCGGAGCUCAAGGAUGAGGCCUUGCUUCCACAUAUUGAAAAGCCAAAUCCACACAAAUCUACCUGGAACAACAUGAUGCUUUAUCUCAGGUAUCAGGUGGAAGAGUACGCAUUUUCAGAUCAGAAAUGGGGUUCACCCGAGGCUCUGGAUGCAGAGUUUGAGCGACGGACAAAGGAAACCAAGGAGCGAAAAGAGAAGAAGUUUCGCACCAAACUCAACGAGCUGAAGAAGAGAACUCGCGUGGAAGCCUACAAACGUGCGCGCGGUGGCGGCGGUGGUGAUUUCGGGGAUGUCAUUGGGCAAGGUCGACACGAACAUGAAUGGGGUCGAGCCGUUGAAGACCCUGAGACGGGCAUGACGAAACGAAGUUGCUUGGAAUGUGGUAUGGAAGUGGAAGAAAUGAACUUCUGAUGUGCCCGUGGGUUCCUCGCAAUUCUUACCAUCACAAAUCUGGGCAGACAGAACAGCAAGACUGCCUUUAGUUCAGCCAUAAGAUGAGGCAUUGCUGGGUUUCACGUCAUACAUAUCGUCUGGCCAUAACGUAGAGAGACCAUUGAAUAGUCUAGAAUUUGAGGAUAACUGACGAUUUCAAUUUGAGCAGUCUCACUGCUGUGUCGGAACAGCGAACAUGUGAGCUCCACAGCCGAACAGAUUACGACCGAAUGCAGUCGACCAACAAGAAGUCAUAUA